AUGACAUCACAGCACAAAAAUCGGGAAAGCGGAAGCUCCGAUAGGAUAUGCAGUGGUUUUCCAACAGAAACUGAUUAUAUCGGUGAUCUCUCAGAUCAUAAUGUAAACAUCAGGAUUUAGGCAGCUAGAAAAACACCACGUAGGAGCCAUGGGUUUUGGAACUGAGUUCCAAGGGAAGAAAUCCCAUGAAGUUCUUCUUCGAAUCCAGGAGCAUGAAAUUCGACUAUUGGAGGUGAUGAAACGGUGCCUCAACAUCCGAGUCAAGAGUGAUCGCAACUAUGCAGACGCCCUUUCAGGAUUGGUCAAAGAAGCCCAGAAAUUUACUUGUCCAGAAUUUCAACCCAUGCAAGCAGUCUUCCAGGCCUGGGAUGUGGUGCUACAACAGACAGACAAACUGUUACAGUACAUCAAACAAAACGCACAGAAGAUGGAGUCGGAGACGCUGACACACCUCACCGAUCUCAUCAGCAGGAAAAAAGACGCCAAGAAAUUCUACAUAGAUGAACGGAGUCGCCUAGAGAAGGAUUUCAAUAAGGUUCAGGAUGAGGUGCAGAAGAACAAACAGGAGUACAGUCACUGCGUGAUGAGAGUAACGGCGGACGAGGCCAAAUAUAACGACAUCAAAUCCAAAGGUGGAAAAUCCUCUAAGGUGGAGGAUGCCAAGGUGAAAUACCAGAAAUCCGCGGCGCGGCUACACCGGAUCCACAAUGACUAUGUCUUGUCGCUACGGGAGGUUAGCGCGUGCCAGGACGGGUACCUUACACAGACACUACCGAGCUUCCUCAAUUACCAUCAAACAUCACAGGAAAUCCUCGUCCAACAAUGUAAAGAGAUCCUUUUGCAAUAUCAAGAAUUGACGGAUCUAUCCAAUGAGACGUGUUGUGAAAUCUUCAGGGAAACCCGAGAAGCCAUCGAAAAAAUCAACCCUGAGAAAGAAUAUUACAAUGAGGAGUUUGUGAAUCAGUUUAGUUCCGACAAAAUAGAACCAAUAACAUUUGAAUUUGGUAACACACUGCUGGCUGACUAUGUAGGGAUCCUAGAGAGCAACAAACUUUCCCUCAGCGACCUCACAAGUACAGACCUACAGACAAGGAAAAAGGAGAUCGAGGAGGAAAAAAAUAGGUUGGAAUUACUCCUGAAAAAUCGAGAGGAGAGCCUGAGUAACUUGGAGGAGGAGCUUAAGUCGAUUGGCAGCCAACAAUGGCAAUCUCCGGAGUAUCAUCAGAAAAGGCAGGAGGUGGAGAAACUUCGCUGUGAUCUGGCGGACACCAAAGCAAAAUUAGCCACACAGGAAGCUCUGCUAAAGGAGGUGACAGACGUUAUUGAUGCUGCAGGGGAAAACGUCCCAACGGCACUCGAGUUCUCGGUGGAAAUCCCCCUGGAUGACGGAUCAGUAUCGGGUAGCAAGUUUAGUAAUAAAGGUCUGAUGGGUAUUAAGAGCCUCACUCAGACCAUUAGUAAAGCCAUCCGUAAGACUCACAACGAGAACGAGUCCAACCAGGAGGGCUACGAGGAUUCAGAAAAAGAGGGCAACAGAAGUAACGGUCCGCAGUCCCCUCCUACGUCACCGGAUUACCAGUUGGCUGACAACCCUUCAUCUAGUGGUUCGGAGGUCCCAGUGGAGGAGCAGGACUGGUUUCACGGGGUCCUUCCAAGGGAGGAGGUCCAAAGGUUACUGACCAAGGACGGGGAUUUCCUGGUCAGGGAGAGCAAGAAUCGGAAGACUAACGAACCUCAAUAUGUGCUGUCUGCAUUCUGGCAGGGCCAUCGGCACUUCAUUAUACAGUAUGCAGAUAAUGGCUGGCGAUUUGAGGGCCGAUCUUUUCCCACCAUUUCUGAACUCGUAAAUUAUCAGCAUUUGUCUGGUGAACCAGUAACCACAAAAUCACAGACAAUCCUAAAAACUCCCAUCAUCCGCGAACAAUGGCAGCUUAGGAAUGACGACAUUGCCUUGGAAAUGAAGAUAGGAAAUGGUAACUUUGGAGAAGUGUACAAGGGAGUUUAUAAGCCUAAGUCAAUGGUUGUAGCUGUAAAAACGUGUCGAGAUACCCUGUCGGAGGAACAGAGGAAGAAAUUCCUUCAGGAGGGGAGGAUCCUUAAACAGUACGACCAUCCCAACAUUGUACGAUUUAUCGGCAUUGCAGCUCAACGUCAGCCUGUCAUGAUAGUCAUGGAAUAUGUAGCGGGAGGUGCCCUGUUAAAUUAUCUAAGGAAACAGGGUAAAACUUUAUCCAAGAAACAGCUAACAAAGAUGUGUGAAGAUGCAGCCAGUGGGAUGGCGUACCUAGAAAGUAAAAACUGUAUACACAGAGACCUGGCAGCCAGGAAUUGUCUGGUUGGCGACAAGUCAGUGGUGAAGAUCUCGGACUUCGGGAUGUCCCGGGAGGAGGAAGAAUAUGUCGUGUCAGAUGGGCUGAAACAGAUCCCCAUCAAAUGGACUGCACCAGAGGCCUUACUGUAUGGAAAGUACACAUCUCUUUGUGAUGUUUGGAGUUUUGGAAUCCUAAUGUGGGAGAUUUUCUCUGGUGGUAUCACUCCUUACUCUGGAAUGACAAAUAACCAGGCUAGAGAACAGAUAGACAGAGGCUAUAGAAUGCCGCCCCCGGAGGGUACCCCUGAUGCCUGCUAUGACCUAAUGAUGAAGUGCUGGGAGUACAAUCCUAAUGACCGCUAUCACUUUGGCAAAAUCCACAAGGAACUUCAAUCAAUCUUUAAGUCAUUAUGAUAAUUUCCCAAGAGUCUGUGUGGUUUCCCAUGAUGCAACAGCCUGUCGUUCAUUGGUGAAAUUUUACAUUUAAAGUUACAUGUGAAUAUAAAAAGAGACAUAGUCUUUCAUGAACCUGAACAAAUAAGAAAAGACCACAUAUGAGAUUUUUUAACAGCAAGAGACAAUCACAAGAGUUAAUUGAACUUUGACCUCUUUGAUGGGGAUCAGAGGUUAAAGGUUAUAAAGGUUAAGUUUAAGAUAACAUAUAAAUAAAGAAAGGAAGGUUGAUAUUUUCUCCAUGAUCCACAAACUUGGAGACCAUUGUUAUUAUGUUGUUAUAUUUUAGUGAUUUGCAUAUAUGAGGUCACAACCUUUGACCUUGAACCGUUGCCUUAAUGAUAUACAAUGUAGCAUCUGUCACCAUUGCUGUUUAGUCAAAACUAUGCAUAAUGAUUGUAUAAAUAUAAAGUUUAUUAAUAUUUACCUGUAAGUUGUUUUUAACCAUGUGUUUAUCAUAAUUUCCUCUUCGUUGAUUGUCUGUAAGAGACCUGCCUUUGCUUGUCUGAUUUUUAGAA